AUUGUGCAGUCGUUUGUUGUGUUGAAUUUGCGAAAAUAAUUUGUAAUUUCAGCUUUUUUUUCACAGCAAUGCUCUGUACCUAGUUGAAAAUAACUAUGACAUCAGAUUCUUACCGUGUGGAGAUUCUCCACUACAUAAAUCCUCAUUUAUUGUGGGUAGAAGUCGAAAACACAAAGUCAAAAGAAUUUAUUUUCGAACAAAUUGGAGUUUACGGCGUUCUGCCACAAGAAGUUACCGUAGAUGAUGUUUCGCUUGAAGUGGAGACACGGAAAUGUGAUCAAUGGACGCCGGCGGCUUUUCUUGUUAUGAAGAAAGUGUUUUCGGAGUCUCUUGAAGUUUGGUUCAGCCCUGUGCAUAUAGACAGGCGGACAUCUAUAUUCGAUGACAACAUUCAUAAAUAUGGCGAGUUGGUAGUGAAGAAAAAGAAUGGAAAGUUAAAAGCUCUGACCCAACAACUUGUAAAAUCUGGCUUUGCACUUUAUGACACUGGCCUCUUUCACCAAGAACUGGGCGCGGGCAAUUUAAAAACCAAAUUGAAUACCCACCAAAAACAAGAUGUCAUUAAACAGUUGGAAAAGUCUGGUAAAGAAUGUAAGAAAGAAUGGGAGAUGGCCGUGAAGAGGAAUACUAAGAUAUUUCACAGAACCCAAGACCUGGAAUCUAUGUUGACAGUCCAUAAUUUACACCAGCAUGAAAAAGUGCAAGAACUUCUUCAGAACAAGAUAAAAGAUUUUGAUAGGUGUAAGGACGCAGAUGAGAAUUCACUCGGGAGAGCUUCUUUAGUCAAAGAAAAGAUUACGAAAAUGAUUUCUCAAGAGGUCUCUAAGUCUGGUAAGAAGAAGCUUGAAAUUCUAAAGGGUAAACCUAAAAAGGCAACGAAAAAUGAUACUGAAAAUAUUUUGUUAGCCACAAAGAAAUUUUUAGAACAAAACUCUGUUAAUAAAGAAAAGCUUGAAUGUUCAGAUAAUCAUGAUAUUGUUUGUAGUGAAAAUAUGAAAAUAGCUAAUUAUGCUGAGAACCACGCAACAACUAAACAUUCUCUUGAAAAUUCCAUUGAACGAAAUAUACCUGAAGUUGUAGCAUCCAAUGAGAAUGAUCAUAAUUCUGUUCAGAACACAACAAAAAAACUAAAAAAGCUUAUGGGAAAAAGAACCAUUAAGGAUAAUAUGGAUUCUAAUAAGCCUCAUGAUGAAAAUAUCAUAGCAAACGCAGCUGAAGUAAUGUCACCAACAAGAUUACAAAAAGUAAAGAGGAAGAACAAGUCACCAAAAGUUCCUGCUUAUGACAUAAACUGUGAGAAGCGCGUGGCCUAUGGACCUCCAGGUUUGGAUCAAUUUAAAUUACCUCUUAAAAUAGUCCCCCUUGUUACACAAGAUGAUGUUGUGAAACUAGAAGAUAAAGUUUCUGAAAAUCUUGAAGAAGCUCCCCAACGAAGAGACGCGUUUGAUGGCUUAGACUCCGAAGUUAACAUAAAAAUAACCAAUCAAGACAUUCUUAAAAAGAUACAUGACGAAACAUUAGAUAAAGUUGAAGAACAAUCUUCAGUGAAAUCAGACAAAGGCGUGAAUAAAAUAACAAAUGAUAACAAAUCACAUACUGAUUCUUCAAGUAAACCUCAAAAAACGCUGCGUUCUAUAAUAUUGCAGAGGAAGUUAAAAUUGUAUAAAGAAAAAUCUAAAAUGAGUGAUGAUUCCCUAUCUUCAUCAGACUUUGCUAAAGAUUCUUCAACAAGUGUUGAAGAAAAAGAUGUUACAAACGAAUCUGAUGAUGAUAUAGAAGAUGUAUUGCAGAAACUCAAUUUAGAAUAUACGAAGAAUUUAACUUCUAAAGAAGAAGUUAAGAAAGAUGAUACCGAAGAAGCGAACCAAGGAGAAGUGAAAACAAAUGCCAAUCCAUUUAAAAAUUUAGAUGCUACCAUAUCUGUUUUUGUUGAUAAAUUGGUAACACCAGUUUUGAUGGUUCACACGAAGAUGAACAAGCGCAUUCAGCCGUGUAUGGAAUUGAGAGAUGUUAAUUUCAACACUAACAUUCAUGUUGCUCUUGCUAAUAUGUCAGUAAAACAUCCAAUGAUGAUUCAGAGUGUGUCUUGGUUCACAAUUCUUAGGGGAUACAGCCUGUUCAUGGUGAGUCCACUGAACAGUGGUAAAACUUUAGGUUAUUUGCCGGCUGUUUGUCGUCUAGUCACAGAUUAUAGGACUGACACUGUUGAUAAUGUAGGUCCUAGUUGUAUAAUAGUGUGUGCUACUGCAAAAGCUGCUUCAGAGGUGGAGAAACUUAGCAAAAUAUUUUUAGGGUUGAAAGAAAGAGUUUUGACAUGUUAUACAGGGAUGGACGAGUUGCAUAUCACAACAGCUUUACUAAACGGUUGCGAUUUACUUAUAUGUACACCCUCUAUAUUAGUUCGGUUGAUGCAAGUAGCUGAUUUUGGUGUAGAUUUACGUAGAUUGGCAACAUUCGUUUUGGAUGAUUGCGAGAGAUUAUCAGAGGUUUACAUCAAUGAGGUUAAAUUUUUCUUGAUAAAAAUCAAAGAAAUGCUCAAGACUAGGGCCAAUAAGGAGUUGAGAGUACAGAUUGUAGCUGCGUCCAGGAUAUGGUGUGAUUUCAUGGGUCCUCUUGCUAAAAAAGCACCAAAUUCGGUAGUUUGUAUAGGCGCUUUCCAAGAAUGCGUACUUUAUUCUAAAGCGAACACCAAAGUUACUUUUGUUAAAAAAGAAAACAAAAUAAAUGCAGUAUUGGAAUUCCUUAAACUAAUAGACGGGUCAAAGAGGACUGUGAUAGUCUGUCGCGAUGAUAAAGAAGUUGAAACGUUAGAGAAAUGUCUUGUGCAACAGAAGAAAGUGGUUUUUGCUUGUAACAAUACGAUGACAGUACAAGAUUUAUAUAAUUACAGCAAGAACUGGGAAGAGUAUCAGGAACCUCUGUUAGGUCCCAUACUAGUUUGUUGCGAUGGCAAUUUGACACAUUUGAACGUAACUAAUGCGCAUUACCUAAUACAUUUUUCGCUUCCUCAAAUGUUCUCAAUGUUUUGCAAAAGAUUUGCAGUUUUGAACGAUAAUUAUCCUUCAAUUUUCAAGACUGAUGACGAAAACGUUAAAAUACAAGUUCUUCUUGAAGAGAGCAAUGUUGAACAGUUACCUAAAAUAUUGAAUUUUAUUAAAAGAUGCACAAAUGAGGUUCCACAAUUUUUAGAUGAUGUUUGUAGCAAGGUUUUAGCUGAAAAAGAUGGUUCCAAAGCUAAAAACAUGGUUCCUGUGUGCGACAAUCUUCUUGCGAUGGGAGAUUGUCCAGAUUUUUGGAAUUGUCAAGAGCGUCAUGCCGUAAUGAAAGAGUAUGAUGAACCGAAGGAAUGGAUGCCUAAAAAUGGUGUUGUGACAUUUAAAAUACUACAUUACCACACGGCAGUUUUGUAUUCCGUCAGAUUACUUUCGAAUGUAGUUAAUGGCAAGACAGUGAAAUACCCACAGACUUACAGCACAUUAUCGUUAAAAAUGGGCAUGUAUUACAGCAAAGAGUCAAACAAAAAAUUACAUGGCGUACCCAAAGUAGGAGAUGUUUGCGCAGUAUCCGUGAAAUUGAAUUUCUUCGCUCGGUGUCAAGUAAUGAAGAUAUUGAGUCAUUAUAAAAAUGGAAACCCUAAUUAUGUACUGAUCAAAUUGAUAGAUGAAGAGAAAUUUGAGCGUUGUAGCGAUGUAUACUUAUACUAUUUGCCUGAUGAGCUUAGAAAUAUCGAAACCCAUAUAGUGCGUGUUAGAUUGGCAAAUGUGAUGCCCAAAGACAAAGAUGUGACGUUCUCUGAUCUAGCUUUGAAUCAGCUCAAGAGAGUUACUGACAAACAAGACUUAUAUCUGAGAGGAAAAGUUUCCUUAGCUAUCGGAAAUUGCGUUCUCGUAGAUACAUUGGAGGCAUGUCAAGAUCUUACAUCUCUGAAUGAAACUGUAGUCAGCGAAGACUUUAGAAAGAUACUUCUUGACGCUCAUGCGAUUCCUAAUCCAGAACAUGUACCUAAACUUGAAAAGUUGUGUCAUGAAGGGCAAAUAGUUCUUGACAUUGAGAAACAGUUAGUGGAAACGCCAAAACCUGUUAAAAACCAGUUAAAACCGGAUUGGGCUCAUCUAGAUAAUAGUGAUAUGCAGUCAGUGUAUUUUACAACAGCUGAGUCUCCAGACGCUUUCUUCGUAAGACUCGUGAAAUUUGAUAGUUGUAUGAAUAUUUUACUGAAAGACAUUGAAAAGCACGUGACUGAUAAUUCCGACCCAGUCGCAGAAAUCAUGAAAGGAGAUUAUGUUUUAGCUAAGUUCCCUGAUGAUAAUGUUUACGAGAGAGCUAGAAUUGACGAAAUUUAUGAUGAAAACAAAGUAAAAUGUUUCUUUGUUGACCAAGGAGAUUGGAGAGAUAUUUUGAGGAAUGAUAUAAUCGAAAUACCUGAGAAAUUUUUAAUUCAAAUGCCUUGUCAGGCUAUAGAAUGUCGUUUAGCUGGUGUUUCACCCGCAGGUGAAAGCUGGACUGAAUUCGGCACUAAUUGGUUUAAUGAUACAUGUUUUGAAGACAAUGAAGGGAACAUUAAACAGCUCUACAUUAAGUAUUUCACCAAAGGAAUAGCAACACAUACAGAUGGUCACAAGUACGGUGUAGUUUUGAUUGACACAAACGGUGAUCAGGAUAUCGUUAUAAAUCAAUUGAUGAUUGAAAAGAAUUUAGCUCAAGAAAAUCCCGAAGAAGUGAAGUAUUUUCAAGAAUUCAAUGCUAACAAACCGGAAACCGCAGAUUGUAUUGUGAAUGAACCAGAAACUAGCGAUAGCUUUAAAAAUAAGGAUGAAGAGGAAUGGGAGAAAAUAUCAAAUAAUGAAAUUGAGAAAGAAGAAACUCAAGAGUCUGAAUUAGGUGAAGUAGAUGAUGAAAUCCCCAAAAUAUCUCUUGACAGUGUCUUCGCUAGAAAGCCUAUCAGAUCAAUGCCCUUAGUGCAAGAUGAUGACGAUAUUGACAGAUGGGACAUUAACAUUACGGAGGAACUCUUGUCUAUGUUUAGAUUCAGUCAACAUACAAGUGAAACAUAUCAGCAUACCAAUGAACAUGUAAACAACGAAACUGAGCCCAAUUGUCAGCCAAUCAAUUUACCUGCGAUCAAAUCUAGUGCAGAAACGAUUCUAGAUUCAGAUUUUAAAUCAAUGAUACUCAAAUCUUUUGCUGAAGAAAAAAAAGUAGCGGAAGAAAGUACCACUUCUAAUGUCGAAGAAGUAGAGAAGAAGAGAGAAUUGGAAUCUGAAAAUAACAAAAUAGAAAAUAAGAAAUCGGAAGAAAUUGUUAACUGCCCGAAAGCAGCGGAAAAAACGAAAUCUGUUGCGAACGCAUCCAAAAAUAAUAAAAUUGUAGAAAUUCUAGAUUCGGACGAUAUUUCGUCAUCAGAAAGCAAUAUUUCUGCUAAAAUUAAAGAAAUGGAACAAGUAGAUGAACUGAGAAAGCCGAAAGUAGUAUGGCGUCAACGCAACGACGCGGUAAUAAUAAAAAUACAACUUAUAGGCGUCGAAUCUUACGAUUUGGAGAUCAAUGACAGAACUUUGAGAUUUGAAACGAACGUAAACAACACUAAAUAUAGUUUCAAUUUAGACUUGUACGGUGUUAUUGAUAACAAGAGUUAUUAUCAUAGCAAUAAAGGGUUGUAUAUUCUGAUUAACUUGAAAAAAGUUUUGAACAAAAGAUGGUUGACGUUAACCAAAGAUGGCGGUUUGAAGAAGUGGAUUGCUUAUGAUGUAGACGCGAUAGAUACGUCCUCCGACGAGGAAGCAGUUGAUAAGGAAACUAUAAAGAAUGUCGUGAAGAACAUGCAGCAAUCUGAUUCAGAUUCGGACGAUGAUUUUGUCGAUGAUUCUAGAUUUUAAUAUCUGUUUUGGGAUUAUUUUUUGUACAGUGUCAGUAUGUUAUUUGAUCAAUAACAUCUACAACUUUGGGAUUUUUGAAGCAAGAGUAAAUAGGAGUGAAUUUUAGCGUUAAUCAUACCGUAUAACCGUUAGAUAACUACUUACUAUUUUUACCUUUCGGCAGAUUGAGGUCUAAUGCACUCAAAUUUAUAAAAGCUUUACCCUUAUUUCCGUUCAGCGCUUCGCUUUUGUGGGAAUAUCCAAAAAAUCUAUUAUUAAAAGAUAGUUACUGAAAUUUUUAAAAUGUCUAACAUUAUGUUACUAAAAGAGCCGUAAAUAUGAAAGUGAAAGGUUUAAGAAAUAGGGGAAGACCGAAAAAGAGAUGGAUGGAUGGCGUAAAGGAUAGUAUGAGGAGAAAGGGAGUGACCAGUGAGAUGGCAAUUGACAGAAGUAAUUGGAAAAAACUAACAUACUGUGCCGACCCCGCGUUGAAAGUGGGAAAAGGUAACGACGAAGAAGAAGAUUUUUAAAACUCCGCAUAUUAUAAAUUCUCCCUAUUUUCUCUUGCCUGUAUUUAUGCGCUGUGGUCACAGAUUACCCCCAAUAGAUUGAGCAUCUUUCAAUAUCGCGUCGACAGUCACUUAACUAAGGGUGGAGCGGUAGCGUCAUUUAAUUAAUAAGAUAGAUAGAUAGAUAAUUCAUUUAUUUGAUUUGCUACACACAAUUUACAAUUUCGUAUGGAAUACAAAUUAUUUAGGGUGUGAGUUGCAGCAAUACAAAAAGGGUCACAACUCAACGUAUUAGCCGAAACGAAUAACUCGUAUACAAUGAUAUAAUUUUCUUCCUUCAAAUUCGAAUUAUCUGUGACUAGCUGUGCCCGCGACUUCGUCCGCGUGGAGUAGUUGUUUUGGGCAUCAUUGAAGCCCUCAAGGAUGAAUAAUUUUCCCCGUUUUUUUCACAUUUUCCAUUAUUUCUUCGCUCCUAAUAGACGCAGCGUGAUGUAUAUAGCCUAAAGCCUUCCUCUAUAAAUGGUCUAUUCAACACAAAAAGAAUUAUCUGUGACUAGCUGUGCCCGCGACUUCGUCUGCGUGGAAUAGUUAUUUUGGGCAUCAUUGAAGCCCUCAAGGAUGAAUAAUUUUCCCCGUUUUUUUUUUCACAUUUUCAAUAUAUUCAUUCUAAAUAUGAGGGUAGAUUUAUGAUAAACUAGAGGCCGCUCGCGACUUCGUCCGCAUGGAAACCGUAUCAAUCCCGCGGUAACUCCGGGAUAAAAAAUAGCCUAUAUGUUAUUCUGGGUCUUCAGCUACCUACAUACAAAAUUUCAUUGUAAUCGUUUCAGUAGUUUUUGCGUAAAAGAGUAACAAACGUCCAUACUGACAUACUCACAAAACUUUCGCAUUUAUAAUAUUAGUAGGAUAAAUGGCAGAUUCCAAGAGCGUGUCUGAGUGCCAGCCGAUCAAAAUAUGUAUAUUAUGACUGAAUUGAAACGGUUCGAAUUUUAUUAGAAGUGUGUACUAUAUACGCGUUAGAUUUAUGAAAUAUUUUUACUAGUAAGUACUUUUAUAUACAUACAUAUUAUCACGUCUAUAUCCCUUGCAGGGUAGACAGAGCCAACAGUCUUGUAAAGACUGAUAGGCCACGUUCAGCUGUUUGGCUUUAAGAUAGAAUUGAGAUUCAAAUAGUGACAGGUUUCUAGCCCAUCGCCUAAAAGAAGAAUCCCAAGUUUAUAAGCCUCCCCCUUAGUCGCCUUUUACGUGUGUGGUCCUAUUCUUUUUUCCAUUGGUGCCGGGAACCACACGGCAAUACGGUACUUUUUAAACUCUUAAUAUCCCUGUAGGCGUAUAUAAAUGAGUCGUAUAGAAACAAAAACAGCAAUCUGACAUUUCACUAAUUAGUGGUAAAUAAAAAAAAACGUGUCAUUCUUUAACAUAAUUGAUAAAUUUAUCAUUUAUGAUUUAAUUUGGUAAAUUAAAGGUUUGCAUUUUAAUUAAAUAUUACAUUGGGUAGAUUGCAUUUAGAAGAAAUUAAUAAAAUUUUAAUAUUUUUUUCAGAUUGCUGCUUUUGAUACUUAAAUUUAAAUAUUGCUGGAUUUGAUUCUAAACAAACACCAGAUUGCUGCUUUUGUUAAUAGCUAUGUCAAAGAUUGCUGUCUUUGAUUAUAAUAACGCAACACGUAAUUUAGGGUUGUCACUCAAAUUAAAGUUCACAAAGAUUAUUAACUUUUAUUUAUUUCACAAACAUUUUUAUUGUUUUCACAAAAUUAAAUUCUAAGUUCCUCAGAUUCCUGAACUUCUUCACCACAAUAUAUAUCUUCAAAAGGCGUUUCUUGUAAGGCCUCCUGUUUUAAUAAUAUUUCUUUAUAAAAACUUAAUUCAGUUAAGCCUUGCCAUUCAGUACCAAAAUGUUUGCUCAGUAAUUUAUUCACAUCACUUAAUUUGCUUUUAUUAACAGCAACUAAGCUGGGCAGUAUAAUCGGAUUUAUCAUGUUUAUAAGUUUUCGUGGUCUGCAAAUAUUUUGAGCGGUAGCUAGAUUACUUUUAUAAUAUAUUUCGCCCCUCACAAGCACGUUACCAGGUUUUUUUGAACGACGCAGAAUAAAUCUUUUACACUGGUUGAAUUGAAUAUUCCAAGUUGUGGUGGGUUUUACGAUAUCUUUGAUAGAUGUCUUCCAGUCAAAAACCGUGCAAUCUUCACCAAAUUUUACUAAUGUUGCGUUUUCAGACACAAUAUCUAUGAUUUCUUUGGGAUGAAGUACUACCUCCAUUUUACGCAGCUUUUUUUCUAUGACUCCAAAAAAGCGAUCAGCAGGCAUAAAGGAAUGACCGGUGACAGGAAAAAUGACUUCUAAACUCUUAAUGUUUCCAUUUUGUAAUAGCCAUUUGCAGCACAUACUAAUUAAAAUACAAUUUUUGUUUUGCCCGCCGCAUCCGUCUGCAACCAAAUGAAUUCUUGAUAUGCCCGUUUUAUCAGUUUUACAAAGCCGGUCAUAAACUGCAGAUGCCACCAAAUUCGCAUUUUUGCUAAAUUCGUCUUCUGUACAAUAGUAAGAGAAUACACGCUCUUUAUUUAGAGGCAAAUUUGAAUGGCCUUCAACUACGGCUAAAUUGUAGAAAUAUAAUUGUCGGCUAUAAUAACAAGAUUGGUCAGGCACCUUUGGUAACGGUAAAUUUUUUUGGAAAUCAAAAGAUAUUAUUUUCAAGCCAGGUGUAGUGUCUCUCAAGUUUUCAAAAAAUGAUUUCUCUCUCAAAGAAUGAACCCUCUUCUCUGUCAUAAAAUAUAUUUUUUUAUUUUCGUCUUUUUCCAUUUUGAUUUUUUCUUUUAGUUCUAGACAUUUUGAACAAACAUCCGUUUGUGGUGUGCCGAAGCCUAAAUUAUAUUCAGUGUUGAAAAUAUGCCGAAAGUAUGAUAAUUUUACCCCAAGUUGUGCAUUACGCUGGUCAGUAUUAUACAUUACAUAAAGUUUUUUAAUAUUCAAUUCACAUGGCAAGUAUUUUCUUUCAGCUUCCUUGCUUUUUCGGCAGUAAUGAGACUCUAUACAUUUAAGAUUUUGAAUAAAACGAUGAACAGAUUCUUUUUUCUCUGCAUACUUUUCAGUCUUCCGAUCACCUCCACGAGCUUCACGAGGAAAUUCUUCCGUUUCAUAAAACUUUUUCAUCAAGUACUCCACUCUAUACUUUUUAAUGCCAAAAAUACUCAAAAAAAUUUUUUGGCAGAUUGGCACUCUCUUCUUGUUAAUGAAUAGGGAAUAGUUAGUUUUAAAUUUCUUUUUGCCUUUAAAGUUAGGUCUUUUUUGGGUUUCUUUUAGUGAACACAGUUUGAAAAGAAUUAUAUUUUGGUCAUGCUUUGUCGAGUUCUUAUAAAAAUAAAGUUUAAAUUAAGUUUCUUAUAAGUUUAAAGCAGAGAAGACUAGUAUAUAAUAGGAUUGUAUGAAAUUUUUAGUACACAGGAAAGCUACCUAUGUAUUUAAAUUUUUAAUUAAUGAUUUUUGUUAAGUCUAUUGUUCUUACUGCAUUGCUAUAAAAUACCUGUUGUGAUUUUAAAUUAAUUAUUUUUGUGAAACCGAUAAAUAGUACUUGAUACAUAGCCAUAAAAUUUACCCUUAUACCUACGCGGAAUUUAAUUUCAAGCCAUGACCCGGGAACACAAUCUGGUCAAACAUUAGCGGAGGAGUUACAGGAGAUGGUAAACUGUAUGCAUAAAGCUUUAAAAGAGAAAGGAAUGAAAGUGAACGUAAGUAAAACUAAAACACUGGUUUUUGAAGAGAAAGAAAUGUCAGCAUGUAAUAUUUGGAUUGGAGGAGAAAAAGUUGAGCAAGUGAAAGAGUUUGUAUAUCUAGGAUCAAAGUUUACAUCAGAUGGCAAGUGUGAUAGUGAUAUUGAAAGGAGAGUGAACGCGGGGAACAUGGUGAAUGGAGCUUUGCAUGCCUUUAUGAGCAGUCAGGAACUAUCCAAAAAGGCUCGACUGGCUGUGCAAAGGGGCGUGUUGGUCCCAACAUUAAUGUAUGGGAGUGAAAGUUGGCUAUGGCAAAAGAAGCACGAAAGCAGAAUAAAUGCAGUGGAAAUGAGAGCGUUAAGGAGUAUGUUGGGUGUGAAAUUGAGUGACCGGAUAAGGAACAGCGUGAUAAGGGAAUGUUGUGAUGUGAAAGAGUUACACACACAAACACAGUUACAGGAAUAGAAAAGGGUAUGUUUAGAUGGUUCGUUCAUGUGGAGAGGAUGAAUGAAAGCAGGUUGACUAAGCAUAAGCAGAUAUAGAAGGAGAGUGUGGAGGGAAAGGUCGGAGUGGGAAGACCCAGACGAACGUAUCUUGAUCAAAUUAAGGACGUCCUGGUAAAGGGUCAGGUCAAGAGUACCCGAAACCGCCGAGCUUGCAUGAAUCAAUCAUGAAAAGUAUGCAGAGAUCGUGGCAAGUGGAAAGAUGUAGUCUCUGCCUACCCCUCCAGGAAAAAGGCGUGAUUUUAUGUAUGUAUGCAUGUAUCGUUGAGUUAGUAUCGCCUAACACAAUAUUAACUUUGGGACUAGCUCAAACUGUUUAACUUGUCCCGUAUAAAUUUGUGUCUUAGUUAUAGCCACUAAAUUGCCUAAAAUCUCUUGUAACAGAAAUAGAUUUGUAUAUAGGAUACAAGGUAUCGCUUGAGUUUAAUUAUAUCUAAUACCGCUUCCAAAGCGGAAACGUAUGUGUUAUUUUAGUUUUAAGUUUUUUAUUACUUAUUUGAACUUUCCUAAGUCUAAACAAAAGUCAAGUUAUUGUGCAACUAAGUGUAAAAAUGAAAAAAAAAUCUUUUUUUUUAUUGUGUUUUAGUAUCCCAAAACAUAAAUCGUUUACUUUUGCUCAAUCUGUGUGGUUUUCAUAACACAGAUGUUUUGCGCGUAACUUUCUAUCAUCAAAGUUUUUAGAAAAGAUGCACAGUUCUCCAGUCAUAAUAAUGUAACUGUGCACCUUUUCGGAGCUUGGCGGAAGAUCUUCCUUUGGUUCUGUAAUUUUUUUUUUCAAAGAAAUGUAAAUAUUUUUUGAUAGGCUGCUGUUCAAAUCUAGGGAUAAAUUCAAACUGACAUAUAUAUGAUUUAUUAUGUGUAUGCCAUUUUCUAAAGGUUGACUGGUAGAGAAUAAUUUUAAGCUAUUGCGUUGCAUUAUACUAUUUAUAUAUUAUACAGGUAUUAAAGGUACGUUACGUGCGCGUUUAAUACCUGUAUUAUUUAUAAAUGGUAGAAAAUGCUUUUAGGCAUUAAGUUCACUUGUAGUUUUAGGGCUCAAUAAAUUAAGUUUCAAAUAAAUAAAUAGAUUAUUAUCUUUUUUUUGCAUUCAUGUGUCCUCAUCGGGUACUUAUAUUUAUUAAGUUUUCUAUAAGUUUUUUUGUAACACUUGAAACAUUUACUACUGUUUCAGCCGAAGAGAUUUUAUGUUCUAAGUUUAGCUUGUAAUUAUAGUUUAAGAGUCAUGCGUUUGAUGCAUGUUUUGACUACACGCGAACAAGUUAUGUAGGUACACAAGUACACUAGCAUACGAGUAAUAAACCUGAGGGGUUAGUGCGAGUUUUACUCGUUCAAACGCGUCGAGCGAGUAAACGUAAGAGUGAAUUUGUAUAGAAAUGCAUUAGUGCCAUCACGUUGCCACUAGAUGGCGCUGAUUAAAUUAUAAACAUUGUGUGGGCCAUGUGGGGCCCGAGCUUGACAUAAUAGCUUCUUAAAUGCUUGUUCAAAGUUCAAACGCCGUCGGCCAAUGCGGCCAGACCGCCUAUACUUUGCAACGAAAUGUGAUAUUCAUUUCACAUCGCUCCGGUAAAGCGUGCGUGACGCCAUUUCGCUCUCUCUCUCUGAGACUAACCUAAGUCUCUAGUCUAGUCUUAAGUUUUUUUGCCCAACCGGUAAUCACGGUUUUCUUAUAAGGUCUUUAGGUUAUAAUUAGAGUGUAGGUACUAAGUCUUAAGAGUGCUUAGGUCUAGUCCUAUUGUAAGAGAAAAUUUAGUUUCUUAAUUACCUAAACAAUGUUUUGAUUUACGUGAUACGUAAUGUGAAAGUCUGUAUAAUUAUUUUUGGGGCGAAACUAAAAUCAUUCCUAUUGUUUUUUGUAAUGUAAUGAAUGAUUGAUGUAGGAAUACGAUACUAAAUUAGUUUGGUUGCAAAAUAUAAAAAGUGGCAUCAAGAAUAACAUAAAUACAUAUUCAAUUAACAAAAUUUAUAUUAGUAAAUUUACAUAUAUACUAAGUAAAAAGUUUGUUUAUCAAGAAAAUUAACAAAAUAUCCUCUUAUCCACGUUCGUUGCUGAUCUUUGGUAACCAGAUACUAACAUGGAUUUUUUUCUAUACGAUUGAUAUAGAACAUUUUGUAUGUGUUACUAACGUAUAAGAAAAAUGUUUUUAUUUUCACAUAUGUGAAAAAAAUAUUUGUAUGUCUUAAGUCCACUGCCUACGGGAG